GUCCAGCCCUUGCCUCCUUUACCCCGGAUUUCAGCUCGGGUUAUCCGAGUCGGAAUCCCCGUGAUUUGCACUUUAGGUUGCUGCUGCUGUGAUUUUGCGGGGAAAGCGAUCUCGAUUUUUAAAAAGAGCAUCCACCAGCUGCUCCAUUUUGUUUCAGGUCUGCCAAUCCAUCUCAGUCCGCUGGGUUAUCGAUCGCCAUGGUAGACCAAAAGGAACAGUCGUCUUAUGAGGGCGUGACGAGCCACACAGAGUCCAUGGCGGAUGAAAACGCGCCCCCCAAAACAUCCCUGGAUGAUUUGAAGGAUGAGACCAGGGUCGACCCGAAUAAUCCACAGAACUGGUCCCUCGUGGCCAAAUACACUACCUACCUGACAAUAUGCGCCUUCACCUUUCUGGCCAACGUCAACUCGAGCAACUUCACCGUCGCCACAAAAGCCAUCAUCCAAGAAUUCCAUGUCACCCAGACACAAGCAGGCGAGCUUGUCUGCUUCAAUGUCUUCCUCUUUGGUCUGGGCAAUAUCGUCUGGGUUCCUCUAAUGCGCGUUGUCGGAAAACGCCCCGUCUAUCUCCUAGCCAUGGUGAUUCUGUGCAUGAUGAAUGUCUGGUCCAGUCAGGCGUCAAGUUACCGCGAACUUCUCGCUUCGCGAAUCCUUUCUGGUUUCGCUGCGGCGGCGGCUGAUGCUACUGUACCUGCCGUAGUCGGGGAUAUGGUGGCUCCCCAGGAGCGCGGGCAUUAUCUAAUGAUUUUUCACUUGGCCAUGACAGGUGGACUAUUUGUUGGUCCGCUGAUCAAUGCGUAUCUAGUUCAGGAGCAAGAUUGGAGAUGGAUGUGUUACUUUUUGGCCAUUGCUGUUGGGGUCGUGUUUGUUUUUUCUAUCUUUACAAUUCGUGAGACGUCAUAUCUGCAAGAGGACAAUAUCGAGACUCGAGAAAAACGGACGCAGCGGCAAUGGAUGUCUUUGACUAUCGGAUACGAUCGACAGGCUUCGUUUGUUCGGACUUUGGUGGAUAUCUUGACUAACGCUGCAUAUCCUCCAUUGAUUUGGUGUGCGUUCACUAUCGGGAUUUCCGUAGGCUGGAAUAUCGUCGUGCAGCUAACCGCGUCGCAAGCAUUCACCGCGCCACCUUAUAGCUGGUCCGCAGGAAGCGUGGGACUCCUCUCCCUGUCCGGAUUCAUUGGGUCCGUUCUAGCCUUCUACGUAGGAGGUCGACUGAUCGAUAUCAUCUCAACGCGGUUAACGCACCAUCGUGGAGGCCAGCGAAUUCCCGAGUACCGACUUCCGGCCAUUAUGAUCCCAGGAACGAUCGGACCAGCAGGCAUCCUGAUCUUCGGACUAUGCGUCGCCAACCGGACACACUGGAUCGGGGCAGCGUUUGGAUAUGCCAUGCAAGCGUUUGGUGUGGCAGCUAUCUCGAACGUGGCUGUAACUUACUCAUUGGAUUGCUAUAAGCCGGUCGCCGGCGAAGCCCUGGUAAUCAUCUUCGUCAUCCGCAACACGAUCGGAAUGCUGCUGUCAUUGUACGCAUCCGAUUGGAUCAGUCGACAAGGUGCGGCGGCGGUGUUUGGGGAGAUGAUGGCGAUUCAAAUUGCGAGUAUCCUACUAGCCGUUCCGUUGUUCUUCUGGGGACGACGACUGCAUCGUGCUACUUUGAGAUAUGGGCCUAUGAAGCGGUUUCAGAAUGUGGAGUAGUCUAAUAUAGUGAGAAAUAUAGCAUAAUAGUAUUGUUCAUCCC